CUGUUCGUUAUGGUCGCGUACCGAAGCGUUCACGUGAGCUAAAUGGCACACCUUCGUCUACGGAUGAUCCGAAUGUCAUUGUGCGUGUGAGUACACCGAAUACACCGCAAACGCCACAAAUGUGUUCAGUCGCCUCGUCACCCUCGGAAUUGGGCUGUACGGGCCAAAGUAGUGUCGCUAACACAGCCAACACACCCGGACCGGGUGGCGUUGGUGGUAUGGGUGUGGGUGUUAAUAUGAGUGUCAGUGUUGGUGCCGGCGGUGCUGGCAGUAUGAUGGGACAAUGCGGCAAUGUUAACGUUAAUGUCAGCGGUAUGAAUGUAGUUGGUGGCGGUGGAAAUAUGAGCAUUACGAAUGCUGAUAAUAGCGGUUGUGGUGUUGUCGAUAUGCAAGGGACAACCGCUGAACUGACCGUUUAUGAUGUGAUUAUGUGCGUCUCACAGGCGCAUCGUAUGCACUGCUCAUAUACGGAGGAGCAGACACGCGAACUGAUGCGGCGACCAGUGGCGGUGCCGCAAAAUGGAAUUGCCACUUCAGUAUCGGAAACAAUGGAAUUUCAGAAGAUUUGGCUGUGGCAACAGUCUGCGGCGCGCGUUACACCCGGCGUUCAACGCAUCGUCGAAUUCGCGAAACGUGUGCCCGGCUUCUGUGAUUUCACACAAGACGACCAGCUGAUACUCAUCAAAUUGGGCUUCUUCGAGGUGUGGCUCAGCCAUGUGGCACGCAUGAUAAAUGACGCAACAUUGACAUUCGAUGAUGGCACUUAUCUGACACGACAACAACUCGAAAUUCUCUAUGAUAAUGACUUUGUCAUCUCGCUGGUGAAUUUCGCCAACACUCUCAACAGUUACGGCCUAAGCGAUACCGAAAUUGGCCUCUUCUCUGCCAUGGUAUUGCUCGCCUCCGAUCGCUCCGGCCUCGCUGAACCGAAAGUGAUUUCAAGAUCGCGCGAACGCGUAUCCGAAGCGUUACGUGUCCAGUUGGUACGUUCACGUGCCGGUUCCACACAAGCGCUACAACUCAUGCCGGCACUGGAGGCUAAAAUACCCGAAUUGCGUUCGUUGGGCGCCAAACAUUUUUCACAUUUAGACUGGCUGCGAAUGAAUUGGACUAAACUGCGAUUGCCACCACUGUUUGCGGAAAUUUUCGACAUACCCAAAACGGAAGAUGAUCUGUGAAGGAAUCAACAACGGCGAUGCGAUGCAGCGUAAGCGCGAAACAUUACUCAAAGAGUGGAAAAUGCAUUGGAAGGGGAAGGAAGUGCCGCAAAAGACGAUAGAGUGUGGAAACUGGGAAAUGAGCUGAGUUAAGCGACGUAGGGUAGAGGAGAAGAGGGAGGGGAACUUUCGUGUGGCAACUGUGCAAAAUGUGAAAGUCUUAAACAGGCAACCAGUGAGCAAGCAAAGAUUUUUUGAAUCUACAUUAUAAAAAAAAACCUAAACAAAAUAUACCGUAUGUUUUCUAAACUUAGCGUGAGUAGUUUGUAAGCAAAAAUUAAAAAGAAAAACAAAACUUUAACUAAUUUAUAUAGCAGAAAUUUGGAGGAAAUUUAAGUGAAAAAUUUUAGUUUUGAUUUUAUAUUCUCUAAGUGAUCGUGGAGCGAUUACAAACGUUUGUAGUUAGAGCGCUGAGUUUUUUGUUUCUUUUUGAGUUAUAAAAUUUAUUUUCUAGAAACUCUAAUAAAUGUGUUUAUGGGAACUAGAUACCAGUUUUAACUAAGCAUACUUACAAGCAUAUGUAAUUUUAAUGAAGUGAAAAAUACAUACAUACAUAAAUAUAUAAAUAUCAUGUGAUCAUGCCACAGACAGAUGUAACAUUGCAAUAUCAGAAAGUGAAAUCUUGAUAACACAAAAAUGUAGUAGUACUUUUAGGCAAAAUAAAAAAUUUAAACAUAUAUAAAUUCAGCGCUAGAAAUGGCAUAAAAUUCAAAAUUAUAACAUAUUGGUGAAUAAUUACAUGCAUACAUAUACGUAUGUAUGUAUGUGCAUUAAAAUUAACGGUAUCAUUAUAAAAUGUGGCACAAAAAACUAUAAAUCUACUAAACACAAACGCCACGCCCUAAACCAAUCAAAUUUACGCGUUCUAAGCAAUGCCACAACACUGCAAAUACACUGAGAAAAAUCAUUUUAACGAAUGUUAUGCAAUAUUUUGAUUUUAACAAACUACAUACAUACAUAAUUAAGCUUAAAGUAGCAAUUUAAAUGGAUGAAAUUACAAAUAUUUACAUACACACAUAUAGCAUAUACGAAGUAAUUAUAAAAAAUUUGUUAUUUGCUAAAAACUUUUAUGAGCGAAGAAAAUAUACUUUCAGUUUUUUUAAGCAACAGUAAUAUGUUUUCUUUUUUUAAGAACUUGCUUAGCAGCCAAUUUUACGCUAACAAAAUAAUAAAAUUUUAUGUGGCAUUAAUCAGCGAUUCAAAAAUUUAAUAAAGAAAAAAUCAUGGAAAACUGAAAUUAUUAGCGAAUAGUGAAAAAAGUUACAUCUCUAAAUCUCAAUUGUUAAAAAUGUUACACUUAAGUUAAAAGCAUACAUACAUACAUAUACGAUAUAUGGUAUAGUAAUAAUAAUAAUAAACAUACAUAAGUACAUAUUAGUAUCCAUAGUAACCAUCUCCACUCCAAUUGAAAAAAAAAUCGUAUCGAACAAAAUAAAAUAGAAAUUAUGUAAAUGUAAAUAAGAAUACCAAUAGGAAGUCUAUAAAAUAUGAUUUAUAUAUUUAAAUAUUGCUUUACAAAAUUCUAUAAACUCACACCGAAAUAAAAUUUAGCUAUCCAAAUAAAAAAAAAAUGGUUGACUUGCAUAUAACAAUUACGCUAAACAAAAGCGUCUUACAAAUAACAAGCAGAACCUAUUUAAAAGAAAUUUUAAAAAGUAAGCUCUAAAAGUUUCGCUUAGGCGGUUUUCUAAAAUACAUACAUACAUACUAAAAAAAACACAAUCUUUCCGUACCAUUGUAGCUAUUCUAAAAUUUAUUAAAACUUUUUUGUUUCAUGUCUAGCCUGUUGGCUUUAAACUCGUUUAAUUUUUUGUCGGAAAUUUGCAAUUUAGCAGUAAGUUAAUCAGCACUUCCAAAGCAACUAAAUCAUUCAUACGACCAUUGAAAAGCAGUUUUUUGCAACAAAAUAAAAACCUAACAAGCUACUAACUAAUGGCCCACCAUCAUCACAUACAACUCGCAAAAUAUUUAUUUCAUUGCGUCUCAUCAAAAAAGUUUAAAGUUUAGCGUUAAAAUUUUUUUAACACUUCCCUAAAUCUAAUUAAACCAAACUGAAGGUUUCACCUCAACUCAAUUAACACCUAAACCUAUGUUUAACUGCAUACAUAUAUACAUAAAUGCAAAUGGAAGUGUAGGUAUGUAUGUAUGCAUACAUAUACGANGCAUACA